GCGGGCUUUCCUAGGGCGGGCGAGAGAGACAACAGCUGCCGCAUCCUGCAACCUGGCAUCAAAUCGGCUUUCCCACCACGACGACGAAGCCAAACCUCCCAGAGAGCUGCCUGGACUUCUGCCAACCUGCUCAACGGGCUCGCUGCCAGCAGACCGCUUUUUCUGAUACCUGUGUCCUUUCCUUACAUUUAAUGUGAUUAUGCUUGCAAGCUUUUAUUGAUAUACUCGCCUCGUCAUCUUGUUUUGUUGUGCUAUCUCUCCCUCCCGCCCCCUUGACCUCCGAACCAAACGAUCGUACCUCACGGCAUCAUGGACUACGAGGCUUUGAAAGACCAGUGGAAUGAUGCGGAGGAGCGCGAUGGCGUUCGAUUAAGCUGGAAUACCUUUCCAAGCACGCGCAUGGUUCGUUUUAUUUUUUGCAAGGUUCCGGCCAGAUCUAUGGAGUCGGGAAGUCCUAACAGUGGUUACAGGAGGCAUCUCGGCUUGUGGUCCCCAUUGGAGCUGUGUACACCCCAUUGAAGGAGCGGCCAGAAGGCACCUUGCUUCAGUAUGAGCCGGUUACCUGCAAGAUGCCUUGCAGAGCGGUCCUCAACCCCUUUGCGUACGUUGCCAAAUCUCCCCGCACUUCUUCGAUCGAGUUUUCAUCGAUUAUUUCAUCAAUUAACCAUGGUGAAUAGCAACGUUGAUAUUCGUGCACGUAUCUGGAUAUGUCCGUUCUGUCUCCAACGCAACCCUCUUCCGCCGCAUUACAAGGAUAUCACCGAAAAUGCCAUCCCGCCGGAGCUUCAUCCAGAGAAUAGCACCGUUGAAUAUCGGUUAGCCCGCCCUGCGCCUGCGCCUCCAAUCUUCCUAUAUGUUGUCGAUACGUGCCAGGAGGAAGACAGUUUGAAGGCAUUGAAGGACUCCCUCAUCAUGAGCUUGUCCCUUUUGCCUGCUAAUGCUCUUGUCGGCUUGAUCACCUUUGGAACUAUGGCCCAAGUCCACGAAAUUGGAUAUACUGAGUGUGCAAAGUCAUAUGUUUUCCGGGGAAGCAAGGACUACUCUGCAAAGCAAGUUCAGGAAAUGCUUGGCUUGCUCGCUCCCAAUCUCAGAGCCGCUGCACCACAGCAGCCAAACCGGCCAAACCCCGCAAACUCGCCAGCGGCCCGAUUCCUUCUCCCAGUACAGCAAGCAGAUUAUCAGAUUACAAAUGUCCUCGAACAGCUACAACAAGAUCCCUGGCCCGUUGCCAAUGAUAGGCGUCCGCUAAGAUGUACCGGUGUUGCUCUUAGCGUUGCCAUUGGCCUGAUGGAGACCUCAUUCCAGGGUGCUGGUGGCCGAGUAAUGUUGUUCACAAGUGGACCAGCAUCCGAAGGCCCUGGUCUAGUCGUUGGCCCUCAACUGAAGGAACCAAUUCGUUCCCACCACGAUAUCGACCGGGACAAUAUCAAAUAUUUCAAGAAAGCUGUCAAGUUCUACGAUAACCUAGCAAAAAGGGCAGCCCACAACAGUCACAUUGUGGAUAUAUAUGUUGGUUGUCUUGACCAAGUUGGUCUGCUGGAAAUGAAAGGCCUGGUUAACUCAACUGGUGGCCAUAUGCUGCUCACCGACAGCUUCACCUCAUCUCAGUUCAAACAGUCUUUUGUUCGGAUUUUCGAUAAAGAUGAGAGUGAUAACCUUACCAUGGGGUUCAACGCCUCUUUGGAAGUUCUCACUACCAAAGAACUAAAGGUUACCGGCUUGAUCGGCCAUGCUAUCUCUCUCAAUAAGAAGUCCAGCUCAGUUGGUGAAACUGAUUGUGGAAUCGGAAACACCUGCUCUUGGAAGAUGUGCGGAAUUGACCCUGCUGCAAGCUACGGCCUGUUUUUUGAGAUUGCCAACCAGGGUGGGCCAGCACCUAUGCAGCAAGGCCCUCAUCGAGCCAUGAUGCAAUUCUUAACUUACUACCAGCAUUCUUCUGGACAGUACCAUCUCAGAGUCACGACCAUUGCUAGGCCCCUCAGCAGCCCUGCCGGAGAUGCAGCUCUUGCCCACUCGUUCGACCAAGAAGCUGCAGCAGUCUUGAUGUCUCGUAUCGCAGUCUUCAAGGCGGAAGUUGAUGAUGGCCCAGAUGUUCUAAGAUGGGUUGAUCGAAUGCUUAUCAGGCUUUGCUCGCGAUUUGCCGAUUACAGGAAGGAUGAUCAAACAUCGUUUAGACUUGAGAAGAACUUCAGUCUCUACCCUCAGUUCAUGUUCCACCUUCGACGAAGUCAGUUCUUGCAGGUAUUCAACAACUCGCCAGAUGAGACUGCUUUCUACCGACAUGUUCUCAACCAUGAGUCGGUCAGCGAUUCCCUAGUCAUGAUUCAGCCUACCCUUGACUCCUACUCGCUUGAGCACGAAGGCAGUCAACCAGUGCUAUUGGAUUCUGCCUCCAUCCAUCCAGCUCAUAUUUUACUACUGGAUACCUUCUUCCAUAUCCUUAUCUUCCAUGGUGAGACAAUGGCAGAAUGGAGGAAAGCUGGAUACCAGGACCAAGAAGGAUAUGAGAAUUUCAAGGCAAUUCUUGACCAGCCAAAGGAAGACGCAAGAGACCUUAUCCAAGACCGAUUCCCACUCCCUCGUUUUAUCGUGUGUGAUGCGGGUGGUUCGCAAGCACGUUUCCUUCUCUCUAAGCUUAACCCAUCGACGACACAUUCUUCCGGCGGCUACGGAGGUAGUGCGCCCGGUCAGACUAUAUUCACGGACGAUGUUUCCCUUCAAACGUUUAUGGACCACCUUAUGAAACUUGCCGUUUCUGGCACCAACUAA